GUGAAAAGAGAAAUUCCCUUUGAAAAAAUAACCCUGAUUCUAACAUAUAGAAAUCCUACUUCUCCAGGUUUCCAUCACAAAGCUACACUCACAUUCAGCGUCUUCUCCAUAAUUUGGGUUUAUUCUUCAUAAAAAUCAUUAUCUGAACACAAAGCAUCUCACUUUAAUCUUCCAGAAUUUGUCUUCGCUAAGUGUUUUCAUUGCAGCAACAAUGAAGAGUGAGUCAACCGAGUUGCCAGAUUCUGUUAUAUCACAUAUCUUUUCCAAGUUAAGUUUGAAGAAUUUGGUGAAAACGAGUGCAUUGUCUAAACAAUGGUAUCACGAAUGGGGAUUAAGGAAGGACCUCACGUUUGAUCUCCAUAACAUGUUUGACUAUAAUACAAUUCCAGAAUUACCAAAAACCCUUUCACACUUUCAACAACUUCAAUCUCAAUUUGCCGCAAGUUUGGAUAAUUUCAUGCAGAAAUAUCCUGGUGACAUGGUCCGUUCAAUCCGAGUAAAUUUUCCGUUAGGUGUCGAUCAUACUUAUGCCAUUGAUGGAUUGAUUCACAAAGGACUUUUUAAGGGUGCCAAUCGAAUUGAGCUUCUGUUCGCAUAUAAAACUGAUUUUAAAAUAGAACCAUACAAAUUUUUAUUUCCUUUCUUGUCUGACACUAAUUUUGUGACAUAUCUGCACCUACAGAACUGCCACAUAGCAGAACCUAUGGAAUUUUCUCUAUUGAAGAAUUUGACAACUCUUGUGUUGCAUCUAGUUCCUGUGAAGCAGAAUAUGCUUCAGGAUUUGUGUGUUAACUGCAUCUAUCUUGAGAAUCUCACUCUUAAUGAAUGUAAGUUCUUAUCUGACUUAAGAAUAACUAGUCCAACAUUGCUUCAUUUGUACAUUAACUGCGGGCUUAUCAUAUGGAAGAAGAGUAAUAUUGAUAUCACUGCAUCAAAUCUCUCAUCCAUUGAAUAUUCUUCGGGCUGUGUCUCUGUAUUACAUACCGUGAACAUUAAGUCUCAUAUGUUAUCCAAGUUUAGCUACAGAUGUGCUAAAAUUUCUAAUCUUAUUGAUUUUUCUGGACUGAAAAAUAUGACAACAUUUGUGUUGGAUGGACUCCGCCAAUGUCUCCAAAGUGAUGUCAUAGUUCAUUUGUUUUCCAAAUGUCUCCAACUUGAAGAUGUCACCUUUAAGAAGUGCCGGUUCACUUGUGAUUUGAAAAUUAUGAGUGCAAAGUUGCUUCAUUUGAGCUUAAUUGAUUGUCUCUAUAAGAAUCAUGGUUCUCAUAAGAUAGAUAUUGAUGCUUUGAAUCUCUCAUCAUUUGAAUAUAGAGGUCACACUGUCAUGAGUCCCUUAAUCUCUGUCGCGGCUCCAAAGUUAUUGAAGGUUUUCUGGGAUGCAGGUUUGAACAAGAGAAAUGUAUAUAACUUUGCUACAAUUGUAAGAUUACAUCAGAUUGAGAAUUUAACUAUGAGUAUGAGCCUUUCACAGAUACGCAAGUUAACGAAGGGUUUGGUUCGAUUUCAAAAUCUUAAACAAUUGAAAUUAUUUAUUGCGGGAGCAUAUAAUCCUAAUAUGGAUUACUUUUGGAUUUUAGAUAUUGCAAUGGCUUCUCAACAUCUCCAAAAACUUUCUCUAACAAUUAGAAACGGAGAUACAAAAAAAUCACAUAUGGUUGGAUCGCAGAGACAAAGAAGAGAAUAUGUCAGGUUUUUUCACAAUGAUUUAAGAUAUGUGGAGUUACAUGGUUGUGUUUGCUCCUUAAAUGUAAUUGAGUUGGCAAGUCAUCUACUGAGGAAUGCAACUUUGCUCAAGCAAAUUACUUUCAGUUCUCGUCGAAGUUUCUAUAUAGGUGCUGGAAGAUGGAGUAAGGGUUUCGAUAACUGUGGUUGGUUUGAACGAAAUCUUAUUCAUGAGCAUCUACAAGAUGAAGUAAAUGAACAAUGUCAACUCAUAAUUUUGUAAUGUUAUGUUAUUUGUUUAUUGGUUUAUAAUGAAUUAUUCAUGUUCCUGAUAUUAGUUAAUUUUUUCUACCAAUAUUUUAUGAUUUACAUUAGGGGUAAUUUUACAUUGAUAUGAAUUGCAAUAUUAUUGAAAGAUUGGAUUCAAUCACACGUGUUGUUUUUUUCUCCCGGGUUGGAAGUUUACGAGAAUGUGGGCAAUGGAAUGUGUACCUGAUUGGUAAAGUUUUUAUUUUUAAGAGAAAGGGUGUAGUGUUACUAUGG